GAUCGCAGAAAAGAAAGACAGGCAACAACGUGAAUACUACAUUUUUGCCCUUGUAUCUGGCUGAUUAAACUCAUCGUUCUCCGCUGUUCCUCUCCGAGGUAGGCGCUCUCCCGAAUCCUGACUCCCGGCACCGCAUCGCUGUUCCUCUCCUCCGCGGCAACCGCGCGCUAAAGCGGCGGCAGAAUUCCCUGGCCGGAGGCGCAGGCCGCGCGCUGCGACCAUUCGGCUCCUCCCCUUCCCCACCCGCUCCCUCUCCCUCUCCCGCCGGCUGUGUGAUGGCUUCCUCCGCGCCGGCGCCCGCCCCGGCGGAGCCUCUCCGCCGCAACCGCAUCCUCUCCAGUAAGCUCUACCUCGAAGUCCCCGCCUCAAAGGCGCCGGUGGUGUACUCGCCAGCCUACGACAUCGCCUUCCUCGGAAUCGAGAAGCUGCACCCGUUUGAUUCCUCGAAAUGGGGCCGCAUCUGCAAGUUCCUCACCAAAGAAGGGUACCUGGCGAAGUGCCGAGUCGUGGAGCCAUUGGAAGCCUCCAAGGAGGAUUUGCUAGUGGUGCACUCGGAGGCAUACCUGAGCAGCCUCAAAAGCAGCUUCAGGGUUGCCUCUAUUGUAGAGGUCCCCCCUGUGGCGCUUGUUCCUAAUUGGCUUGUGCAGCGAAAGCUACUAUACCCUUUCCGGAAGCAGGUUGGUGGUUCCAUUUUAUCAGCCAAACUUGCGCUUGAGAGAGGAUGGGCCAUUAAUGUUGGUGGAGGAUUUCACCACUGUUCGGCAGAGGAAGGAGGUGGAUUUUGUGCGUAUGCUGAUAUUUCUCUCUGCAUCCAGUUUGCUUUUGUCCGUCUAAAUAUUUCAAGAGUAUUGAUCAUAGAUCUGGAUGCCCACCAAGGAAAUGGCCAUGAAAAAGAUUUUGCUAAUGAUGGAAGGGUUUACACUUUGGACAUGUACAAUGCUGGAAUUUAUCCCUUCGAUCACGUUGCUAAGCGGUACAUUGAUCAAAAAGUUGAAUUAGUUAGUGGGACAAAAACAGAUGAAUAUUUGGAGCAACUUGACAAGGCUCUCGAGGUCUCCAAAAGUAGAUUUCAGCCCCAGUUGAUUGUUUACAAUGCUGGGACAGACAUCCUGGAUGGUGAUCCAUUGGGUAGAUUAAGGAUAAGUCCUGAUGGUGUGGUGACUAGAGAUGAGAAGGUGUUUAGGUUUGCAAGAGACCAAAACAUUCCCCUGCUCAUGCUGACGUCAGGAGGCUACAUGAAGUCAAGCGCUCGAGUGAUUGCAGACUCGAUCAUCAAUCUCUCGAAUAAAAACUUGAUACAACUAGGUAGCCAGCUGGGUUGAGCGAGCACAUGCCAUGUGUGUUUAUCGUGUAUAUAUCCUUUGUAUAAGUUUAUACCUUUUUUCCAGAGACGGACAACAUAUAAGCAACAAAAAGGGGUUCUUAAUCUGUAUAAGAUACUGGGGUUUCUUGGCUGUACAAUGUCAAUGUACAUAAAGCGCUGCACAAAGGGACAUACCUGAAGGUUGGCAGCUGACACAGAGCAAAGGAGAUUUCCCAUACAAGCAGUGGUGUUCUUGGCAAUUGCUUCGAUGUCUGUAUGUGCUUUGCAGCUUGUGGUGUCAUACUUUGCAGUGAUGUGGUCUAUUGCUUCAA